AUGGUCUUGGACCAUCAAGCGCCAGUAUCUCCAGACCUGAUCAUGCUGGCUAAGGUCUUUGAUAUGGUCAUCAAAGCGUCACCGACAACCAAUGAAGCCGGGCUCCAAGCUAAAUUGGAGUUAUACAUCUUUACAGGGGUAGAUAUCUUGCAGAGGAUGAGAGAAGACGAAAAUACCGAAUCAGCAUAUCCCCAGCAAGUGAUGACUUUGCGAAAGGACUGCAGGAUAGUCAGAGGAGCAGAACAGAACGUGUUGAACGAGGUAGAGAGAAAGCAACUUCAAGCUCGAGCUGUGGCGAAUAACCGACUGGUUGUGUUGAAAAAGGAUCAAAUAGAGGAAUUUCUGAAGACCCAUCCUUCCAGAAGUGAAGCAAAAAGACGUUCUCCCAUUGCUCAAUCUUAUACACGUCCAGUGACAAAUGCUACUACCUACCCUCAACCUAUCUCUACCACUGUGGAAUCAGCGAUCAAUUCGGAUAGUGGAUUGCUUGACCAUAUCCUCGUACUCGCAUGUGACAAGAGGAAGCUCGAGACAAGAAAGCUAGGGAUUGAAAUCAAAGUGGAUGCUAUCCUAGGAAAAAGGACUGUUAAGGACAUGUUGGAUGAGUUGGAGGAGUGGAAAGUACUGGAUUUUCACUUGGUAACGAUUCAUACUCCAGGUCAUAAUCAUGCGGGUAAAUGGGUUGCAGAAACAUACAAGCCAAAGCUUAUUGGCGAUCUUAAUCAAGAUGUCAUACACAUGGUAGCGCAAAUCUAUGAACAGCUCGUGGUCAACAAGGUAUCAAUCGCUGUCUCCACUUCCGGGGAGCGGACGCUUCUCUGGCGCCUUGUCGGGAAAGGCUGCCUUGAAGUGAGCCGUAUGAUGAUUCACAACGAAAAGAAUGCCGCCUCCUUGCUCAAAACGAUGGCAGCGGUCUGUCUACAUGCUACUCAACCUGCUACAUCACCAUUCAGCUCAGCCGUCCUGCAGUCUGGAGCCUCUGCUCAUUCGAUGAUUCCUCCGUCACUACCUGCCGAAUCCAGCUCACAAGCCGCCGCCAGAGCAACCAUCAAUCCGUCACUACCUGCCGAAUCCAGCUCACAAGCCGCCGCCAGAGCAACCAUCAAUCCGUCAGUAUCAACAAGGACAUCUUCGCGGAUUCAGGAGCAAGCAACAAAGCUUGAGACGAUGGAGGAGGAAUUCGAAGAAGGCACUGGUCAGGCAAGUCCGAAAAGUAGAAUGGAAGCAAGCAAGCUUAAAAAAGCUGUAAAUAAACUCAAGACCAAAACGUCCAUCUUGUUCGAUAGAAAAAAGGGGAAAGAUAAGGCGCAUCCUCAAUAA